AUGGGUUCCGACGCCUUUCAGUUGCGAAGUUUAGAGGGUAAGCUCCAGGUGCACUUCAACAGCGAGUCCAUGAUGCACGAACUUGUGCAGCUCGAAACGUUCGACAGGAUAGAGCUGCCGCGCACGGAGACGGAGUGGGUGCUGGACGUGGACGGCUGGGGCGCCGAGCUGGUGGAGGCGACCGGUGGCGGAAGGAAGCUCGACGCCGUCGACUUGCUGAACAACGUCGUCUACAUCAGGGAGUCCGACGGGGAGACCGUGCUGCAGACUAUGACUGGCGACCUCGCCAUCGCCCGCUCUCUCGACGAAGCGCUCGCGAGCGCGGCGUCUUUCACGUUGAAGGUGAAGAGCUGGGCUACGACGGCCGCCGACCCGCUGGGCAUCUCGAUCUACGAGCUCAGGCGGGACGGCAACUUCGUGUUCUUCAGUUUGCCGUCGGUGAUGCUUGCCAUCGGGGCCCAUCGGAAAUUGCAUGUCAAGGGUUCUGUGGGCCACCAAUUCCCAAGAUGGAACGCUGCACUUAAGCGCGCGGAACUUGGCCGUCUGUGCAACUCAGUGGCUUACGACCAGACGGAAGUACGUGGGUCCGACACGGUUGACCACAGGGCGUUGAAGGAGAAAUCAGCCAGCGUGACGUCGUUGCUCUACCUCCUCGUUCGGAGGCUCAUGGUAAAUAUCAGUACGGACGGGACCGUGACCCUCUUCGUGAUCGGCGAGACGAACACUUUGAAUCGAGGUGCUAAGGCAUUCGUGAAUAAAUUCAGGGAGAAGUUCCGCACCAAGCCUCCUGGGAUCAUUUCUUUCUUCAGGUGGAUCAUGCUGGACGUGCCGCAGUACAGGGUCCGACCGAUCUUUUCUCUGCAAGUGUUGUGGCGUUUCGGUGACUUGCUUGACAUGCGCAUCACUGGCCUCGUGAAGGAGAGCAACGGCACGGGCAGUUGCAUGGGGCUUGAGGCGAACGACCACGGCGACUCGAAGGCGAUGCAGUGCGCCCUCUACGUCAAGGCCGCGGAGUCCUUGAAGAAGUCGAACUCCAUGCAGUUCAUCUCCCACGCGCCCGACAAGUCGCGCGUGCACAACUUCGGCAUCUUGAACACCUUCUUCGCCAUGCCGAACAACGUCGGCUUCUGGGGCAUACCUCAG